AUGGAUGAUUAUCAAGAAGCUGAGCAGGAGGAGGAGGAGAACGUGCAAUCUGACAGCUCAGAGUCUGUCUUUAGGUCGGAUGAGGAGGCAGAGAGGUUGCAGGUGGAAGUUCAAGAGCUGUAUGACAAGGUGUCGGGUCUGGAAAACUUUUACUCGAUCGUGGAUAAACUUGGCGAAGGCACCUUCUCCUCCGUCUACAAGGCGAUCGAUGUGCAUCACUACGUCUAUGACAAUCGCAGCUGGAGCAAUGCGGACCCAUACCAGCAAGCUCCCGUUACGGCGCCUGGCAGGCCAGCGCGCAAUCACUACGUUGCAUUGAAGCGCAUAUACGUCACGAGCAGUCCCAGUCGCAUCCUGAACGAGCUCGAGAUCAUGGCGAAAUGCAGGCGAGUGCUUCACCUGGCCUACCUCAUCACCGCGUUCCGAUCAGAGGACCAAGUCAUCGUGGUCAUGCCCUACAACCGCAAUCGUGAUUUCAGAGAUUACUAUCGCCAGAUGCCAUUGUCGGACCUCAAGUGCUAUAUGACUUGCCUACUCAAGGCUCUCGAAGGUCUGCAUCUACUUGGUAUUGUCCACCGAGAUGUGAAGCCAGCCAACUUUCUGUACGAUCCCGACACUGGCGAGGGCACGCUGUGCGAUUUCGGAUUGGCAGAGACGCUCGACUAUAGGCGCUGGCGAGGCAAGUGUCACCACUCGAAACCCGAGGGCUACUUCCGUCAUGGCCAGAUCAAGAUCAACCUCGACGUCCCCUCCUUGCACUUCUCUCCCGGAGGACUGCUGGACGAUAUGAACGGACCUUACAAGGCGCUUCCGGAGAGGAGCUCUGUCGGUCUCUCGGCGAAGCACAAUGCCAACGUUGGUGGAAAGGGCAAAAUGGGGCCUCCUGAGCGAGUAGGGUACCUCAAGGAGGAUGCUCGAUAUAGCAUACAGGCCAACCGUGCGGGCACUCGCGGAUUCCGCGCUCCCGAGGUGCUUUUGAAGUGCCAAGAUCAGACGACUGCCAUCGAUACUUGGUCCGUUGGCAUCUUGAUGCUAUGCUUCCUCAUCAAGCGUUUUCCACUGUUCAACGCCAACACCGACACGGAAGCUCUGUUGGAGCUGAUGAUGAUGUUUGGUAAGAAGCGCAUCGAGCAAGUCGCUCUUCUGCACAACCGCACGUUCUACACGAAUCUUCCGGGGACAUUCAACCCCCUGGAGCGCGAUCCUACUAGAGACGGCUUCCGCCUUCCGGAAUUCGUGCAGCAUCUCAACCCUGACAUCUACGAAGCACCACUCGACCAUCCGGAUCCUGCGCAAUACAUCAGAGAGGUGGAGAGAGCGAUCGAUCUGUGCAGGAAAUUGAUGCAGCUAGACUUGACGCGCAGGUACGAUGCAAAGCUGGCACUUAGGCAUCCAUUUUUAAACGAGGAGACGGCUCGUUCGGAGGAUGAGCACAGGGAAGCGGCGGCUGCUGCUGCUGCUGCUGCUACAACAUUUGCUACAAAAUUGGAGCACUGA